GUGUUAGCCUUAUGCUCAAACCCAAGCUUGUUGGAGAGGCAAUGUCUGCUAUUGCUGCCAAUACCAACGUCCCUGUUACUGUGAAAUGUCGAAUUGGUGUAGAUGAUCAUGAUUCCUAUGAUGAGCUCUGUGACUUUGUCUACAAGGUUUCUACUCUAUCACCUACCAGGCAUUUCAUUGUUCAUUCACGCAAGGCACUGCUCGGUGGGAUAAGUCCUGCUGAUAACCGGAGAAUCCCUCCUCUUAAGUAUGAGUAUUACUAUGCCCUUGUGCGUGACUUCCCGGACUUGGGAUUCACAAUUAAUGGAGGCAUUACUUCUGUAUCGAAGGUAAACGCUGCACUGCAGGAAGGAGCUCAUGGAGUCAUGGUAGGACGUGCUGCAUACAACAACCCAUGGCAGAUGCUAGGACAUGUUGACACUGCAGUUUAUGGUGUACCAAGUAGUGGCCUUACACGCAGACAGGUUCUGUGGAAAUAUUCAGCUUUUUAGGUUGCUUUGUCUGUCAGAA